AUGCCACGAAAUGGAACUUUUCUGGCAUACGAAAGGUAUCCUAAUACACGGUUAUUUCAUCGACGAUAUCCGUACUAUCAAUCGAGCAACGACGGAAUUCCCGGUGUAGCCGGGCUAGAUUAUCCAAUCUUCCGCCAAGUUCCCCGGACGCGAUUCGAGUGCGAACGGCACCGACAUCCGGGCUAUUAUGCUGACCCUGAAGCCGACUGUCAGGCCUUCCACAUCUGUCAACACGGCGGUCGUAAGGAUUCAUUCCUUUGUCCGAACGGUACGUUAUUCAAUCAGGAGAGACUGGUCUGCACGUGGUGGAACACCGUGGAUUGCUCUCGCGCUCAAAGUUUCUACUCCAUUAACGAGGCGGUUGCAAAAGCAAUGGAGGAAGCUGAUAGACGCAUCAAAGUAGCUCCUGAAAAGAAGCUCUUCCGAGAUUAUAAUCAGCGUGACUAUAACAUUGAGGCUGGACCUUGGAAUAAAUACAAUCGGCAAGGCGGACAACGAGGAUGGAACAAAGACGGCACUCCGCUUCGUGACGAUCAAAAUUCGUAUUUCACUAAGAAGUUCUUUUAUGAAGCACCUAUUCACGGAGCAUCUAAAUUUCCCACUAAACCUUUCCCGAACACGAACACUCGUUACAGUAAUUUCUAUUCGCCGACUUCCGCGAUCGCCGGUGUUGAAUUUGGCAAACAAGCGACGAGGAACAACUUUGCGAAACCAGCUAACACUUAUCUACCUGUAUCUCGUUACUAGAUCAA